AACAACAUGAAGGUUAGUUCAAAGCAGGAAGCGAGAGAACAGCGAGAGACGUUCAUGUUUCCAAAAGAGCCUGAACGGAACCUCGAGGCCCCCAGGUGAGACGAGUCCAGCUCUCAGGUGGAGGGCGGUCAUGUGAGAGCUCACGCGCACUUCCGGGUUGUCUUCAAAACAUUAAAACACACGACGGGACGACAUGGACCACACGAGGGACCCGCAGAGCAAGGACGCCAAGAGGCUGAUCCGGAGGGUGAGGAGCCCGUCCAGACCGCGAGCCUGGACCAGCCACCACCAGGACCCGCUGGGCCGGGCCCCCCGAGCGCAUUUUCCAAGGGAGGAACACCCGUCCUACAAACCCGGCUUCUCCAACCAGCGGUGCCACCCGUUCAGCCCCCAGGGGUGCCCCCCCUACCGGAGGGAGCACCUCCACGCCACCGAGCCCCGGGACCGGGACCGGGGGUACGCGGAGCACUACGAUGGCGGUUCUCCUCCGGGACCGAACCACGCCUCCAGACCCUUCGUACCCAGAUCCUCUUCCAGCAGAGACCAGGACCUGCACUUCUCUACCGACAGGAAGCCGAGCCGAGAGCGCCACGCGGGGCCCAGAGGCAACGAGCGGGAACGGAGCCGAGAAGGGGAGGAGCCUCCUUCGGCGGCGAGACAGACCGUGACGCGAGGCCAGGCCAUCCAGAAGAAGAGGAGGCAGAUAGAUGAGGUUUACUAUCAGGAGUGCGAGAUGUUCGGCCUGGUGGCCAAGAUGCUGAUAGCGAAGGAUCCGACCCUGGAGCGCUCCAUCCAGUCGGCGCUGCAGGAGAACCUCCGGGACAUCGGCAAGCGCUGCGUGGCGGCCAUGGAGAAGUUCAUCGAGGACUACGACGGCCGGGAGCCGCCUCGCUAGUCGGACGCCCAGCUAGUCGGAUAUCUCGCUAGUGACGCCUCGCUAGUGACGCCUCGCUAGUCAUCACUAGCAAGGCCCGCCUCGCUAAUCGGACGCCUCGCUAGUCGGAGGCCUCGCGAGUCACGCUUCACUAAACGGAGGCCUCGCUAAUCAGAGGCCUCGCGAGUCGGACGCCUCGCUCGUCGGAGGCCUCGCAAGUCACGCUUCACUAAACGGAGGCCUCGCUAAUCAGAGGCCUCGCGAGUCACGCUUCACUAAUCGGAGGCCUCGCGAGUCGGACGCCUCACUCGUGACAGCUGACUCCUCACUCGCUGCUCUUCAGCAACUCGUCGCCAGCAAGAAGCAUAAAGGUGAAUUAUUUAAUUAGCAUGCAGAUCAACGGGUGAAAUGAUGCAUAAUUUAUGUGAAACUAUCACUGACAUUCUCUCUAAUGUGAAGCUGCGUAACUUUGAUAGUAUUACAGACACUCAAAGUUUAGUCUUUAUUCUGCUGCUUAAAUCAGGCUUGAGAAUCCCUCACCUUUCGGCGAAAUUCGCCGUUUUGAAACCAAAAUAGGUGAUUUACGUGAAUCGUGUAGAUCCGAAGAGUUUUUGUUUUGGGGUAGGGGGGGGGGGUCAAUUGGCCGGCCGGCGUUUAUGAGAUUGGAGUGGGAUACGGAGAAAAUGUGGAGUGGUGCUCUUCGCAAUAGAACAUCUUUGAUGGGACGUGUCGCGUCUCGGCCAAUCAGCGUCAAGAUGUCUUCAGCGUUUGGUGGUUUAGGUUAGCUUGAAUGUUAGUCCGCUACAUCUGCUGCUGUCACGCUGCACGGUGUAGCGAUACUAACAAAGUACCCGUACGUUAAGAGCGAUGUGAUUUCGCAUAUUUUUAGUAUCGAUACUUAAUUAAAAGAGCGAUCAGAGCGCACGCGCUGCUCCGUGUCAAGCUGUUUGCACGCGCAGCGCAGCGCUAACAGCGAGGGGCGUUAAGUGGCGGAAUUUUCGGCUUUAAAAAUAAAAUAAGAUGCCAGAAGUGAAAUGUUUAAGUUCAGUCUGUAAAGUUGUGUAACUCUACAGCUGCUCUUCCUGAUGAACUCUGUAUCCUCUGGUCAGAGACUAACGGCCUCAUAGUGUAUAAUCAUUGAUCAAUGCUAUGACGGCUCCAUGUAGUUUCAUUAAUAUCUUGCUGUGUUAAUACUAAUAUUACUGCUAUUUGUUAAGUGUUGAAAAAGUUGGUAAAAAGUGAACCAUACAGAUAUUUUAUUUAUUACUAUUAUAGAUAAAUAUACCAGUAUCGUAUUUAUGGUAUACUGUUUUUAUGGUAUUGUAUCAUGAUAUUUAUGGCAGGUAUGGUAUAGAAGAUCGUGACAACCAGGUAGAGGCAGAACAGACUCGAGGAACCGACUCGAGGAACAGACUCGAGGAACAGACUCAUGGCUCAGCAGAGCACAAGACUUGAAGACUUGUUCACGCCAACAACAAAAAAGGAAGUUGGUUCAUGAAUGACCAUAUUAUACACAAUAUUACUAUUAUUAUAGUAUUAUAGGGCCCGAUCACUGACUUGGUGUCAGAAUGGAGGACCUAUAGAUUAUCAAACAACGGCCAACAUCGAUGUUCGUGGAAGUCGCCCCCCGUGUGCGCCUAUCCUCCUCACCUUUUUCACCCCUGACCCGUUUUCAUGCCUGUUAAAUAUCCCACGUUUUUGUGACCGCUAAAUGUAAAUUGAGUCGGCUCACGUCAAUAAACAUGACAUUAUUUAAAAAGCAACGCAGGUAGAGGGACGUCCAUUCAGAGCAAAUCAUUAUGUUUGGAUGGUUUAUGUGUCAUUUUGAUUAUUUGUGGGUUGUAUUCAGGCACGUGCACAGACAUUUUGUGGGGCAGGUGCUCAAACCAAAAAAAAGGGCACCCAUCGCCAAAAUGAUUUUUCCAAGUUAAGGAGUUGGUUGCUAGCAACACUUGAAACACAUCGUGUCGUGAGAAGACAUGAGAGUUGAACAAAAUGAAAUUGUUUUCUAUUGACAAUUACAAUUUAUUUUCAUUUUCAAAAUAAUAGGAGCCAAAAAUGACAUAUAAUAAACAACGUACUAACCUCGACCGUUCGGUCAUGCCGGGAAAUAUCAAACUUCUGUAAAAACGUGAUAAGGCCUCAAUCUGAUAUUUCCCAGCAUGACAUCACUCUUGGUUCGUAAGAAGCUAUUACAAGUGUUGUUGUUUUCUUGCGUUUACUCUUUUCACCCUCUGCAAUUACUCAUACAAGAUUGAUCUUUGUAAAACUGGAACAGACAAAACAGAGAAACAUACCACAUAAAACAAUGUGACACAUGGAUAGCACGACACCGAGAGCUAUUGUUAGCAUAGUUUAGCUGCUCUGUUCUAGCUGUGAAUUAUUGUGACAUUUAUCAAAUGAAUUAAUGAAUUCAACAUACUAUCAAGCAUGUCGGGGCGAAAUUCUCACAAGAACUCCAAUAAAUGCCCCGACAGAUAUCCAAACACAUUUGGGAGGACUUGAUGACAGAGACUAUUUUUUAUUCUGAAAUACUUAUUAAUUAAUGGUCUCCAGCAGAAAGGGCACUUUUCUCAUCCAGGGCGAAGGGGCUGGUGCUUGAGCUCCACUAGGGGUCUAUCUGUGCACGUGCCUGCUUGUAUUCAUGCAGUUGAAUAUUACAGCAGAGAUCGUUGCACACACACAGCUGGUGAUGCAUUUGUACCGUAAUUAAAGAGCUCCUCCCCCUUUGGUGAAGAACAUUAAAGGUGAUUUGCAGAUGUGAUCCUGAUUUUGUAUUUUAAGAGUUUGAUGAUAUAUGGUGAAAAUGUGAGCUGGUUCUGUUUUAAAAUAGAACUUGUGAAGAUGUCAAAUUGAGCUUAUUGUUUUUUAUAAUUUGUAUUUAACUGAUUUGUUUUUGUUUACAGCACAUAUUAAAAGUGCGUGAUUUUGUGA